AAAAAGUAUACACUUUAUGUUUACGAAUGUCUUAAAAGAUGUUGUUGUAAGUGAUGUAAGAAAUGUAAGUAUAGUGAAUAAGAAGAAAGUGAAGGAGGAGGGGGAGGAGGAGGAAGGAGUCUCUUUAACGUGAUCGAAAGAGGGGAUUAACUGUUAAAUUUAUGGAGAAUUAUCAGCACGUUUUCUGUCGAGUAAACGACCGAGAUGAUGGGGGUCCGAGUCCGAACGAGACACUUCCGGUGUUUUGCGUGCUCGUUGAUAAUACGAUGGUGGUGCAUCAACUGGUUAAACUUUCCUAGGACAGUUAAUGGUGGAGGAAGGCAAAUGAAGGUGCAAGAAGAAGGAGAACCGCAGGUGGAUUGACAAUCUCACCGGCAGCGGUCGCUCUAUCGAACGAUGACAACAACUAUGCUUUCGAGGAAUUGGGGCUGGGGGUUGUUCGUUCUUGUUUUUCUCGUUCUUGCCACCCCCAGUCCCGCUGCCAUUCGCAGAGCGGACCGUGGCCACUGCAACAAGACCGUCGACAUCUACGAGGAUGUUUCUAGCCCUGCAGUGACCGCUGCCAACAUGGGAAAACCACUUUACUGUUGGUACCGUUUUCGUGCUUUUCGUGGUACACCUAGAGAUUGGAUUCUUCGUGUACGUUUCAAGAAAUUCAAAGUUGGCGUAUUGGAAAAUGCUACAACUUGUUCGGGUGGUUACCUCCAGAUCAUAGAUGGCAAUACGAAAACCGAGGUGAGCAAUCGCAAAGACCCCGGUGUCUAUUGUGGCGAAUCCGAGCAACCGCAAACGUUCAUUUCCGAGACGAGUUUCGUACGAGUGAUCUUCCACGCAGAGAACUUCACGGACCAAACUUACUUCAGUUUCGACUCGCGGGCAGAACAGCAGCUCGACGUUUACCUGAGGUACGGCCAGCAUCCAGAACUUUAUCCAAACAGAAGAGGCGAAAUCGUGCCUGGGAGUUACUGCGAGAGGGUUUUUAAGGACUGCAGAUUGCAAACGUGCUACGUACAGAGCCCAGCCUUUCCGGGUAUUUAUCCGCGAGCUUUGCAUUGUAAAUACAAGCUUAAUACACGAUUGCCAUUCAUAAAGCUCUACAUAGAAAACGAGGAGUUCAAUAUCGACGGGCAACGAUGCGAGAAUAUAAUGACCUGCCCGAUGAGACCGAUAAGCUCCGGCUCGGAACAUUGUCCCUACGAUUAUAUACGUGUCUUCGAUGGGAAAGAUGAAAAUAGCCCGGUGAUCGGUACAUUCUGCGGUAUGGGCAAAUUUCCCUAUAGUAUAAUCGGGACCAGCGAGGAUCUAUAUGUCGAAUUUGUUUCAUCGCCAGCCGGUCCCCUACUCAACACGGGUUUUCACUUCAACGUUGGCAAUUGGCCUGGUCACGUCGAGACGGCGGGUGUUAAAAACGGUAGUUGCGAUUGGCUACUCAACAGCGAGUCCCUCGAACGCGGUAACGAAGGUAUUUUUCUGUCCGUCGCCCACUGGUACCCACCUCAUACAAGUUGUACCUAUUUGCUCAGAGGUCGCCCCGGCGAAAUAGCCCGACUUUAUUUUCCAAGUUUCCGUGUCAAUCGAAUCGAAUCGCCCAUCAAGCCUUACGACGGCGACUGCGGCGAGAGCCUUACACUCUACGAUGCGGAUUGGCCGGACGAUGCUAGAAUAAUCAAGACCUUUUGUGAUACAUUCAGCAAGCCCAUGGAGAAACACGAUUUUGUCUCAACCUCAAACGCUUUAUUCGUUAGAUUCGAAAGUAAAACCGGCAGUUAUUCCGGUAGUUCUCUUUAUUAUUGGGCACAUUACGAUUUCUUUAAUGCUACGAGAUUCGGGGAGCCUGUACCUGGGACGGAAUGCGACGAAAAAUUUACUUCUUGGAGAGAUCGUGCUGGACGUUUGAGAUCACCCCUGAAUACAUUGAUUUAUAAACGACCUGGAAACCCACCGGUGGAUCUUUCCUGCACCUAUACAUUUCUCACGGACAAAAGACUAUUCGCUCGAGUGAUUCUAACGAUCGAAUCGGUAUCGUUCAAGGAACGUUCCACGGGUCACUGUGGUCACUGUUGGGAUAGUCGAGUCGAUAGAUUGAUCGUACGAGAACCUGGACCGGAUGGUGUUAAGGGUACUUGUAUAUGUCGUCGCGACGAGGAGGACGGUACACCCAUAUCACCUAUCAGAAUAGUAUCCCGUGGCGAGAAACUAGAACUAAAGUUUCUAAUAGACGGUGUUCGAGCUGCAGCGAAUUACUUCAAACAACCUUCGCCGAUUUUCGAAGCCAAUUACGAAUUCGCUCACAGUCCACUAUGCGGUCCUGCCAUAUUACCUGCUACCACCGACGGCGAGAUCGAAUUUCCUCAUUACGAGGUAUUAGGAUUCGUUGCACCACCUAGAUCGAUCAAGUGUAUUUGGGAGUUAAGGGUCAAUUUGGAACGAGACUUGUGGCUACAUUUCGACAAAAUAAAAUUUGCCUCCCGUUCUUGCGAGGAUGGCAAACUCGAGAUCUUUCUUCCCGGAUCUAGCGAUCCCUUUCUUGGUAUUUGCGGGGAGAACGUAAGUUAUGUAAGAGAGAUGCCGAUUAUUUCGGCUGGUCAAAUUCUACCAAUCGAUCACGACGACACUGAAUAUUCAAAUAUAAUUAUUCAAUUUACCGGAUCCAUGGCGCCGGCAAGAGUAGCCUUUAAAAUUGCUUGGACCGAACUUUAUCAUUUGCCAAGGGACAGCUCGGGCGGACUGAACACCCAAAAACUCGACGAGGAAUGUGGCUUCCGUUGUCCGGGUGAUGCCGGUUGCAUACCUAUGAGGUUGGUAUGCAACGGUGUCGUCAAUUGUCCUAGUAUUAGUUCGAGUAGCGUAAUCCCGUACAGUAACAACAGUCGUCCCGAACCUAACGACGAGUCUCUCGAAAGCUGUGCUGGACCUCUUGGAUCAAAUGGUGGAAGUGUCGUUGGUCCUGCUGGUUGGGCUGGGGCCGGACUUGGUGCUGGCUUGACUAUACUACUUGCAGUAUCUUGCCUCAUCGUGGUGUGUCGUAUUUGUAAACGCCGUUCUCGUUCUAGAGACAUUCACGUACCGUAUUAGCGUUCUGACCUGACGCAAAUUUCAGCAUAUCGUUGUUACAACCCUUUCGUGAAUUACCAACGCGAAAAACGCGAACUUCGUGAUUAUCAUCAUCAUCGUCGUCGUCGUCGUCGUCGUUGCGUUGAUGAUUUUGUUCUCCCUCGUUCGAUCACGACGACGAAAGUUUCCUCAAACUUGCACGAUUUUUCCUCCAAAAUAAUAUCUUACUUUUCGUACCUAAGCCGAAUGAUAAUAAACAACUGUCAACUCGCAACAGUUAUUACUGGUCGUUAGGAAAGUUUAUCGUUAACGUCGCCGUAUGAGUUUGCGAGAGAGAAUAUACAUACUUGCAAAAUAAUAAUACACGUACGUGUAUUCCCAUAGGUCCCAGGACGCGAAAGUGCCAAUGAAAAUUCUAUCCCUCAUUUUGACGGCCAUUUUUGAAACUAACCAUAUUAUAUAUAUAUAUAUAUUAUACGGAGGAAUAUUUCGUGGAAGGGAAAACAAUGGAACUAUUAUUAAUGGAGGAAAAAAACAAAAAGGUAUGAUGUGCGGAUUCUUGCUCACGGUGUUAAAAAAAAAAAAAGAAAAAAAAAAAUUAACUAAUGGACGUUCGUGUUCGGUGAGGACUAAUGCAAAUUUUUAAAUAUAUAAAUAUAUAAAUAUAUAUA